GCGGCGGCGGCGGUGGUGAUGUGGGUGACGGUGGCGAGGCCGGCGCUCGGCCAGGCGCUGGAGCCGCGCAGCGUGCUACCUUACCGGCCGGUGCAGUACUCGACGCCGCGGCUCAAUAACAGCUACCGCUCGUCGGUCGAGUUCGACCCCAUGGGCAUGGAGCACCUCUACUUCGUGACCAACCUGUUCCUGGACCUGAUCCAGCGGGACGACUCGGCCGCGCUAGACCGGCGUCAGCUGGAGGCGGCGCAGAAGGCACACAACCUGACCGAGACGCUGGUGCAGCUGGGCGUGCGUGACUGGCCGUCGCUGGUGCGCCACCACCUGGGCUUCGCCGUGCUGACCGCCGUCGGCCUGCUGCUGGUCCUCAUCACGCCGCUGGCCGGGCUGGUGGUCUGCUGCUGCCGAUGUGCCGGUAAAUGCGGCGGCGGCUCGGAUGUAUACGAGAAGAAGCGGGACAAAUGUCGCCGCAUAUGUUACGGAGUCUUCCUCAGUUUUCUAGUUGUGCUGGUGCUGUUUGGCCUGGUGGCGUCGUUUGUCGUCAACGAGUACGUGGAGAAGGGCGUGAAGCAGGUGCCUGCUCGCCUGCACGUGGCCGUUGACGACUCCCAGCUGUUCGUCAAGAACACCCGGAAGGAGGUGAACCACCUGCUGGUGGACAACUACCGCGAGCUGCAGGGGGUGCUGGACGAGUCGCUGGACAAGUGCGGUGACCGGGUCAAGGCCAAGCUGGCCAACAUCUCUCGUGCCGUAGCCGUGGACGACCUAGCCGCCAUCGCCGAGGGCCUGCGGGACAUACGGCGAGAUCUGAACGCGAUCGCCGACCAGACCCAGCAGCUGCAGGGCUGA